ACCAUCAUCGCCAUCAGCCAAUGUGGAGGACGGCAGGUGGGUGACAGCAGCAAUAUUUUGGCGGGAGUGCCUUUCACGCCCGCCACGCCCCUGCCCACGCCCACCCACGUCCCGCAGGAGUGGCGCCCGCCGGAGACGUACCGAGGAAACGAGAGAGAGAGAGGGAGAGGGAGAGAGAGAGAGAGAGAGAUGUAGACGUCGACUGCCUUUCUGUAUCCCUCCGAGCUGCCAUGUCGCUCAUCAGGAUCCGUGGCUGCACUAUUCUUGGGACCUAUUCUGAGUGAAGAGGAGAGGGCUGCUGCGAGGCUACUGCGAGAGAGGGCCAUCCGAACACAGCAGGAGAUUGGGCAGCUGAGGUCACAGAACAGCAGCAGGAGAGGCAAGACUGCCACCACCACCACAGCCACCACCACCACCACCACUUCUACCAGCAAUGAUGACAGCUCAGCCACCACCACCACCACCGCCUCCACAGCCACCACCUCCACCGACCUCCAGCCGUAUAUGUUGGGGGUGGAGGGGGGAGGGGGUGGGGGCGGGGGUGGGGGCGGCUCCACCCAGCGCAGCGCCUCCUGUGAUUCGUGGAUGGAUAUGUCGUCUUUGAUCGAGAUAGACCAAGCUCUCCUUCUCAGCUCAAGUCCAGAUAUUGCUACUGACAUUAUAUUAGGAAAACGUGACCCAGCUUCCGUUUUGCCCCGCCCUGUCACUGCCAGCCCCGCCCCAGCCCCGCCCUCAGACCCACAAGACCCGCAGGAGCCCCAGUCAACCUCUGUGAGCCUCAGUUUCCCGUCAGUUAGCGAUGGGGCUGAGGAAUUACUGGAGUCGGAAGAAGGAGCUGGCAGUUUACCGAGCGAAGUUGAAAGUUCGGAUAAUGUUGAUGAUACUCCGCGUUCUAAGGGGCGUACCGGGGCAGGGCAGCGUGGGUACCGGGGCGGGGUGUUCGAGGCCCCACAGCGCGAUUCUGGACGCAGCAGCAGCCACAGCGACUACCUGGAUGACUAUUUAGAACAGCUGACCAGACGCUGUUCAUCAGGGCUGUUAGGCUUAGAGGCCACAGCUGCGUUACGCCCCGCCCCGCCACAGCAGAUGCACAGCAGCCUCCCUAACCCUGUCCCGGCCCCGCUUCCUGCCCCAUCCGCCCCGCCUGAGCCCCGCCACGGCCAGGAGGAGCACCGUUCGGCCUCUGUCGCGUCGGAAAGGAGGGAGAAGCGGGGCGGGACAGGGCGUGCUCGGAGGUGGUCAGCGGGGCAGCCUCUUGACCCGUCCCGGAGUGUUGGCAGCAAGGUUCCUGGUCACCCUGCCGGCCCUGAUGACCCUGCCGACCUCACCCCUGCCUCCCCUGCACCUUCUACCCCCCCUCCUCCUUCACCCCCCUCCUCCUCCUCCUCCUCCUCCUCCUUCCCUUCACAUCAAGAGUACCUGGACAGCUACCUGGGGCACCUGACUGAUGAUGCCUGGCUGCAGUUUCCGAGUCGCCUGUCAAGUCGUCGGUUGAUCUACCUAAGCUCCAGCGACUACUUUGCAUCAGUUCGGAAGUUGUCUACCUCCCCUUCUUCCUCCUCCGCUAGCUGCCCCUCCACCAGCCACAAUGGCACGGGGUCGGGGCAGGAUGGGGCACAGAGCACUGACGCACCCUCCCACACCCCGGUUUUGCCCCGUGAUGCCCCGGUUGAGCCCCAAAGUGCCCCAGUAACUCCAUCAGAUAAAGCAAAAAUUAGCAGUGAUGAGGGGAUUGAAUUGAUGAGCAGUCCUGUCACGCCACGAAGCCCCACAGGGAAGUCAGAGGUGCCCCAGUCCCCGCCAGUGCCCCAGGAUGAGCCAGAGGGUGUACCGGUGCCCCAGUUCAUCGUCGGGGGUCCUGUGGGGCGGGGUACAGCCGGGGCGGAUGAAGGUGCUGAAAGCUCCUCGGAAGACAGCAGUGAAACAGAACCAAGUACUAUUGUUUAUAAUGAUGAUUUUAUCGGGGAGGUGCGCCCCGCUGCCCCGGCCCAGACUGCACCCCCAGACGCCCCAAGAGUCCUCGAGGAGCCCCCACACACCUCCCACGCAAGGAACUAACACCAAGAACAUCACCACGGAAGGAUUUCAUCACACACACAUCGCCGGAGAAACAUCCAGGUUUUGCCACAGCCACACAGUCACCACAGCACCGCAGCCCACAGAGGGACACACAAGGCACCCGCGCAUCCCCUCGUAAGGACACAGCGCCCCCACGCACCCCUACAAAGGACACACAAGCUCCUGAAACUGGUGCACACUCUCGAAAAAUUUCCAGCCCUCACGACACACUUACUAAACAGUCCCCUAGACGGAUUCAGGGCAGCCCCAGACAUGACCCAGGGAUUAUGCAGACCCGGGGAGGGCUACCGGAUUCCCAUAGCAGCCCUCGACACCGCCAGGACGACGAAAGGCAAAGAAAAGAUGAGUUUUGUAAGAUGCAAAUGUCAUCGCAGGAAAGUGACACAGAUGAGGACGAGGAGUGUUUAGUGGUGCAAGUUUAUGGGGAACGCAGCCCUCCCGCCUUCCGAGCCUAGCCAGGUGGUGAAAAUAGUCCCUCAGAGACGUGACCACCCCACCACCUCCACCGCAUCCACCGCAGUCACCACACAGCCAGGCAAACCAGUUGAUCACGUGCUGUCGCUGUUAAAGGCCAAGCAAGAACAAGAAGUAGAAGCUCUCAGAAGACGACAACAGCAAGAGGUGCAGCAGUGUCUCCAGCAGCUGCAUGGCGUUACCACAGACCAAUUGGCAACCCUGCUAGCCCCGCCAACACCCUUAGAAGCCCCACAGAAGGUCAAAGUUGGAGGUCAAGUAAUGGUGGUAGCAAACGCAACUUUUUCCCUGGAGCAGUCGAGCGCCACACCGCCAAACAUCCUUCCACUCUUUAUAAAUCGCGAUUCCAAUGACACCAACAACAACACCGUUACUAACUGUGGGGGUAACAACAACUAUAAGCCCCCUGCUACAGCCACACCAAGCCCUCCCCCUGCCAGCCUCCCCCCUGCCAUGGAAUACUAUCGACUUUGCACACCGGAAGAUGAAUAUGACAAAUUUGAGGCAGAGCUGUCGCAGGACCCAAAUGUGACCCUACAGCCGGGUCUAUUUAGAGUUUUAGGGGCUGGUGAGGCCUAUACAACAUCUAAGCCUACUACAAUCACCAGCCUGCUUGCCACACACCCUGAGGUCUUUGCGGAAGGGGGCCAGAGGGUGCAGGGUGGCCAGAGACGGCAAGGAAUGGCAGGGGAGGCAGGAUUGGACAUGGUGCCACAGAGGGAGUUUGAGAUUGGAAUGUCCAGGAAGAUGCCAGUUCAUCCCUUGGCUAGCCACCCAGUGUUCCUCAAGGGCCUGGUGCGUUUACAAGCCAGUGUCCGUCGCUGGCUGACCGCUAGACUGCUAAGGACAAGGCUGGUGCAGGAACAAGUAGCGACGUUAGCAGAGAUAGCUAAACUCGCUAGACAGUUCCACCGCGACAUUGUGGCAGAUAAUUUACACCGUGGAGAUGUGGAGCUACAUAAAGCGCUAUACAAACAGGAGGGGCUAGCAAGAGAGCGAAUCUGGCGUAUCUUCAUAGGCCUAUCGGUGCAAGAGAAGAUGUCUCUCCUUAGACACGAUAGGAAAUUAACCUUGGCAGGGGUGGAGCAGAGGCCCACCCCUGCCCCUGUCACUGCCCCAACCCCUGCCACAGCCCCUGCCGCACUCCACCACCACCCGCACCACCA